AUGGCCUCAAGAACAGCGCGAUCCAGGUGUCCCAGAUCGGCGCAUAGUGGCACCGCGGGCUGUGUCUUAGCGCGGCGUCUUGCCGAAGAGCGUAACUUGAGCAUCCUGCUCAUUGAGCGCGGCGAUGCCAGAGAUAAUUGGCUUGACAAGACGCCGCUGGUCUCGACGCACCAAUUCUCUGAUAAGAAGCAUAGCGUCGUGCUGCAGAGCCGGCUGCGCGGCGACGCGACAACUGAGAUCGUCACGGGCAAGGGACUCGGUGGGACGUCCAGGAUCAACGGCUUGCAAUAUACUCGAGGUGUGCCUGGGGACUAUAACGCCUGGGCAGAGAGUGGACGCCAAGGGUGGAGCUAUGAGGAACUCAGGCCAUACUUUGAGAAAGCUGAGGGACAUUGGAGUCCCGUCACACACGCCCACUAUGGGAAGAGCGGGCCGUUGCAGGUCCAGGCUCCGCCUCCAAAUUUCAAAUUUGGGGUAUCUCGAGAGAUUGCUCACGCAGCCGAGAAACUUGGCUUCGCCAUCUGCAACGACGUGAACGACGCACGUCUGCCAACAUCAGGAUGUUUCCUCUUGCACCUGACAACCGCACAGGACGGCUACCGCAGUAGCACCUUCCGAGCCUAUCUCCCCAAACACUUUGUCCUCGCCCAUCGCGAAAAUCUGCACAUCUGUACGAAGACAAUCGCAUGCAAGGUCGAGGUUAAGCAAUCAGCCACCGGUACACUCAGAGCGACUGGUGUCAUCCUGCAGGGGACAAAGCCUGGGUCGUCCACGCGAUUCGUGGCCGCCAGAAAGGAGGUCGUGCUGUGCUGUGGUGCGAUCACAACGCCGCAGCUGCUGAUGCUCAGGUCACCGUCUCGCCUUGGCAUUGGCCCAGCAAACCAUCUGCAACAAGUAGGCGUCCCGGUGGUACACGAGCUCGAUGGUGUCGGCUCCAACCUUCAAGACCACAUGGGCUGUAGUGACGUGGCGACUUACCACCGACUAUAA